GAUGCAGUGGGGCAGGACAGGAGGGUCCCCGGGAGGGGGGAGCUGAGGCGGAGCGGGACCGGACGGCAGCGGUGAGUCAGCGGGGCCGAGCCGGUGCCCCCUCCCGGUGCCCCCCCUCUGGCCCGCCCCCGCCGUGCCUAUCCCGGGCGGUGCCGCGCCCCGGCCACUGCCCGCUCCGCUCCGCACCGCUCCGCACCGCACCGGCCCAGCCCCCCCGGGACCCCUCCAGCCAUGCCCUCGCAGAUGGAGCACGCGAUGGAGACUCUGCUCUUCACCUUCCACAAGUACGCGGGGGACAAGAACCACCUGGGCAAGGAGGAGCUGCGGGCGCUGAUGGAGAAGGAGCUGCCAGGCUUCCUGGAGAACCAGCGGGACCCAAUGGCCCUGGACAAGAUCAUGAAGGACCUGGACCAGUGCCGGGACGGCCGCGUGGGCUUCCAGGGCUUCUUCUCGCUGGUGGCAGGGCUGACCAUAGCCUGCAACGACUACUUUGUGCUGCACAUGAAGCAGAAGGGCAGGAAGUGAGGCCAGCACCCAUGGGUGCACCUCACGACCCAUGGGUGUUCCCCUCCCAGCCCACCACCCAUGGAUGGUCCUCACCACCCAUGGGUGUCCCCAACCCACCACCCAUGGGUGCUCCUCAUCCCCUAUGUGACCUACCUUCCCAACCCACCACCCAUGGGUGCUCCUCGUCCCCUAUGUGACCUACCUUCCCAACCCACCACCCAUGGGUGCUGCCCCCCAGCCCAGUAAAGGUGUUUUGUAUGA